UGCUCGCAGACGCAGAGCAUUUCGGGUAGCGCUCUGAAAACAUGGCGUCUGUUGCUAUCAGAGGUCUGUCCUUCAGUAAGACUGCAAAGGUUUUGCUCUCUCCGUUAAGAUUGUCUGCCGUUCCUGUAAGUCGUUAUGGCGUAGAAGUUUCGAAGCAUGGAGAGGAAAUCACUCACACCGGACAGGUGUAUGAUGAAAAUGACAUACGAAGAGCCAGAUUUGUUGGCAGAGUGAAAGAGGUGAACAAAAACUUCGCCAUCAACCUGGUGGCAGAAGAACCUGUGACUGAUGUUGAAGCAAGGGUUGUGUCUUGUGAUGGUGGUGGCGGCGCGCUGGGACACCCCAAAGUCUACAUCAAUUUGGACAAAACAACAAAAGUGGGCACGUGCGGUUAUUGUGGACUGCAGUUCAAGCAGAAGGGACAUCACUGAAGUAAUGUUCAUUCCUCUGUAGUUUUUUGUCUCAGAGUAAUAAGUUAUUUACCUGUUUAAAUUAAACAGAUGCAUUGUACUUGUCCAUUAGAUUUCUUGUCCUAUACAAUAAACAUAAAUCAACUCAAAA